UUAUAGGCUGUCUACUUACUCUUACAAACGUAUAGUUAUAUUGGCAUAUUCCACAAGUACCUUUAUUCUUUACAGUUCAACAUAUACAUAUCGUCAUAUUGACAAUAGCAGAUAACAGGAGAUGGAUCCUGUUCUCCACAGGUCACGUAAAUCAGUAUUCAUUUGAACAUGAUGAGGUACAGAGUCCUGUAGUUAACAAGACCAUGGCCUACUCUCGCUUGCGUCUCUUAUUUUUCUCGCUGCUAUUUGCACUCCAAUGCAAAGGCUACGCAUUACAACCACAAGUUAGGCCAAGUGACUUCACAGACUAUUGUGUGCCCGAUAAAAUCAACAACAUAUUUUUCGAACAAAAUUUAGAAUAUAAAUUUGAAAACGACAAUGAGAUAAAUAUAGAGAAAAUCGCCUGUUCUAUAAAGUUGACAAGUCUUCAAACAGUCUACAUUGGACUUUAUGUUGUUCUAAAUGAUGACGAAUUUGACGAAAAUGGCAACAAAAUUUGUGACGAAGGAAACUACAUUGAGGUUCUUGAUACCAAGUAUAAUAGUCUGCAUGUGUGGUGUACAAAUGAAGGGAGAUACCUGUAUUCUAAUAACUCUGAGGUCUUUAUAAAACUUCGUCUCAGACGAUUCACAAAAGUAACAAGUUUUAUGCUAACAGCUGAUGAAUAUACCGCCAAAAUAUUUGAUACCGGUGAGUAAUCGCAUGGUUAGCAGAAGAAAACAAUUUAUUUUCAUUUCAUUUAUUUACUCCAAAGAACAAUAAAACGAUAAACACAAAAUAACAGAGAAAGGGAAAAAACAGUAACCAUUGAAUAAUUUCACUAUCUAUAAACAUUUUUUUAACUCUACAUUUAUAUUAUACGAAUCAAAUAUAAAAUAUCCUUGGCACCCCUGCUCAACUCAUUUUGUUGUUUCUUGUAGAAAGAUUUAAAAUAAAUGAUUAAUAUUUUCAAACUUGACAGAAAGAGACCGGGGAGUUUCGCCGA